ACUGUUUGUGUACAAAACAAACGGCCACAGAUAGAUGCGUGUGAUGAUCGCGCAGCCGGCUUCGGUAAACUACCGCAAAAUUACUAAAAUCGUUCUUAUUGAACACAUUGAAAAUGUCGACAGAGAGCAAAGCGAAGUAUAGAGCACUCAAGAGAAAACUGAGAUUUCUGAUUUAUGAACAGGAAUGCUUCCAAGAGGAACUCAGACGGGCCCAGCGCAAGCUGCUGAAAACCUCCAGAGACAAGAGCUUUCUGCUGGAUCGGCUUCUGCAGUACGAACGGGUGGAGGGGUCUAGCUCCGAUUCCGGCUCCACGGCAUCGUCAGAUAGCGAGAAGGAAAGCAAGAAGAGCUCAGAAGCUAAGAAGCAGAAGAAGAAAGCCAAGCCAAUCAAAGUCAAGGCCAAGAAACGGAAGCAGCGACAGCUGAAGUCACUCCUGUCGGGGGACAGAAAACCCCUGCCUGGUAAUCUCAACUACACAGCAUCUCAACAUCAGCAGCAGCAGCAACAACAACAACAGCAGCAGCAACAGCAACAGGAGUUGCAAUUUCAGAAUAACUCCCGGUUGAUGGAUCUGAUGAAAGUCGGCUCACCACACGUCCAAAUGCCAAUGAGUCCUCUCGUCGGUUUAGUAGGUCUUCCGAUGUACUCUCAGGAGUCUCCAUUCCCCGGGAUGGGCCUGCCGGGAUUCAACCCCGCUCAGCCGCUCACCCCCCAACAGCCCUCCAAGCUCUCCAGCCUCCUAUCGGGGGACUCUAGUGCCAUGGGUGCGCUCAUGAUGGCUGGUCUGGCCGCGGCUGCAGCUGGCGAGAAGGCCGAGAAACAGAGCAAGAAGAGACACAAAAAGGAUACAGACAAGUUGCCAGCACACCUACACCCAGCUGUGUACCCUAACCCAUUCAAUCCACCCACAUCUACCCAGCCCUCCCCCGCCCAGGCCAUGGCCGCAGGGAAGCCCUCACAAGCCUUCAAGCAGACACCCUCCAGUAAAUCAUCCCCGUCCACAAGCAAGGCCUCGCCUCCUCUCAGCGAGACAAUGGAAACCAAGCCCAUGGUCGGGGUCAGAUCUCCAGCUAGACACACCCCGCCCAGUAAGACUCCGCCCACCAGCAAGACUCCGCCCGUCAGUAAGACUCCCCCCAUCAGCAAGACUCCGCCCAUUAAUCCUAAGCCCAAGGCGGCGGCAACUGGGGGCGAGGAGGAAGGGGAGGAGCUAGUGAUUGACUUGCCCAAUGAUUGAUUUAGGGGAGGAGCUAGGAGCUAGUGAUUGACUUGGCCAAUGGUUGACAUGUGACAAUAUGUAAAUAAGGGGAGGAGUUAUGAUCAAUGAUUGGCAUUAGACACUAAGAGCAAAGAUGCAUUGAGAGUUCUGUGUACGCAUUAUGCACAGGGUCUAAACUUACCUUCAGACAAAAUGGAAGACUGGUGGAUGACUGUUAUUUAUUUAUAGCAAAACUAUGAGCCUGUUUGUUUUGCGCAGAUCCGGAUCGCGAUCAGUGAUCCUGCGCGUCGAUAGCUGCUCCGGUCACGUUUUAACAGAUCCUGCUCGGAAGGUGGAUUUGGAAGAUCAAAGAUGGUGACGUGCGCGACGGACGGAGAGAAAAAAUUAGGUUUUUUUUUUUAGUAGAUUUGAAGCAUCAAUUGAGCUUUUGUGACAAUAUUUCUUCAUGAUUCUUUUAGAAUGUAUUUUUGUGAUUAAAAAUAGUAAGAUUGAUUUACUUUUUCUAGAAAUGAUAGAAAGCUCAUCGUAAAAAUAGCCCUUCUGCCUACAAAAUCUGAAGCAGACGACGACACUCGUGUCACCUGAAAGGACUCGACACGCGAGAGUGGUUCUGUUUGUUUUCAUACGGCACUGCAUCACACGAUCUUGAUCGGGAUCUGGAAUGGAACAAACAGGCCCCUUGUUAACAUUGUAUUCAGGCAUUGCUUAACAAUCCAGAAAAAAAAUUGAUUCUUUUUGUUUUAUUUGACAAGGGAUUGCAUAAAAACAAAACUGGAAACGGUUUUGUCCAGCGAAUCUAAAUCCAAACCACAUUUUCGAAUCAACCUUAAGUACAGGAACAAAUGUUCUGUGUGUAAGUUAUUUGGGAUGAAAGUCGUCCUGAAAUUGCAAAGUUCAGGUUCAUUUUUUUUUUAAACUGUAGAUAGCUUUAAAUUGUGCCGUACAUGUGUUAUCCUGCAAAAUGGCCACGCCCAGCAUACACCCCUUUGUAUGCAAAAAAGUCAUGUUCACCAAACAGUGUUUUCCUCUGUUCACUGGGGAAACACAGGAUAUUAUAAACAGUGCUAGUAAUGUACGUUUAGGCCGAAAAUCAAGUCCGUUUUCAUAUCUCCUACUAUUUAAGUUUACAAAGGUAAGCUUAAUACAUGCAUUUAAAUAAACUACCCAAAGAUAAAACCCAAUUAAGGGGUUGUAAAGAUUCAAACGAUUUCUGUCCGAGUGUAUGUCUUACCAUUUUAGCUGAUGAACGGUCAGUUUCCCC